CGGAAUGGGGCGUGCCUCUUCGUUUUCAGGUUCUGUGGGUUGGUGGAAAUGGGCAGUGCCUGCGCAGAGAAAUACAUCACAGCCUGCAUGCCCAUGCGCACUGUUGGCCACUGGCUAGGAUUACACUAUACCCAAAGAUAAUUUGAUGACAAAUGUCCAAUAAACAGUAUUGACCUAUGGUAUUGGAUAAUGUCCCACUAAUGAACAUAUUUUUGCAGUCACGCGCUGAACAUGCUGCUGUUUAUCCUGUUGAGUACUCUCUUCAAUAUUCCUCUUUCCAAGACUGAGAAUGAAGACUUCCAGAGAGUGUGUGCUGGCCGGCAUUUCCGUUUGCCUGUCUACUCUGCUUCAAGAAUAGUGACUUUUACUCCCAAUUACCCCCCAGGACCAAGAAGGGUGCUACUGGAUAAAAACGAUGUGAGUGUAAUGUACGUGUGAUGUGUGUGUGUGGUGGUGACAAGUCUGCAGUCCGCAUCUCUGCUACACUUUUAUAGGUGAAGGACCCACGGUUCGAAUGGACCAGAGACCGGACGUUACUACUGAAAGAAGUCACACACAGUGACCAGGGGCUCUACUCGAUCAAACUUCCUUCUGGGUUCACUUAUGAGACUGUACGUCUCACAGUCUCAGACUGUAUAAAAAGCGUCAGACGGGGAUAUGGGGAGACCUUCAAGUCCAGCAUCCCAAAAGAGGGCUCCCUCCUGGAGUUCUUACCUCGCGGCUCCCCUCCAGAGUCCCCGCCGGUGGUCCUGUGGAACCAGUCAGACCCUGAGAGUGCUGUAGGAAGCCGGGGUCGAGUCCAGCAGGACGGGAGGGUCUGGGUGGCGGAGAUGGUAACACAGGCUGACCAGGGAAACUACACCGUCCGCGACGACAACGGGAAGGUCCUCUCUCGGAGCACCCUCGCCGUCCAUGCUGAUGCGUGACGGGCAGAUAGUGGAGCAAGACGCCCGCUACCGGAGCCUGAUCUCUGUCAACAGGAACGGAGGGGUAGACGAGGUGGUCAUCUCCAGGCUGAGUGCAAGGCACGAUGGGUUGUAUGAGAUCCGAGAUAGGGAGGGGAAUCUGGUUUCUUCUACCGCCCUCCAUGUGAUUGAGAAGAUGGCCAGGUGGAGAGCGGUCCUGAAGUCCAUAACGGUGCCUUCCGGACUGUUUGUGACCCUGGCUGGUUUCAUCCUUUUCAUGAAACGUUUUCCAAACUGUGGCGUUGCCCAGAUCCUUAGCGGUCUGAGGGCUCACCACCCCCAGGCUACCAACCCACCUCGUAUCAACGUGCAGGACUUCAGCCCUCCCAGUCCCCAGCACUCUGGCGUAAAUAACCAGCCUGAACUUCCCAUGACCCCUACAAAAUGGAGCUCCAGUCCUGUUCGUUCGGGCUACACCCCAGUUUUGGACAGAGAGCCCAGGCUGUCCCCGGGGCUUCUUAGAACAGACAGAAAGAAAGAUGAGACCUCUACCAGCAACAUGCUGAGUGCUGAGGACCCAAACAGCAGGCAGAGGAGGACCUCCAUCUCUGUCCCGGGGGCGUCCGACUGCCUCCGCCCGUCCGGAGAGUGCGCUCAGUUCCACAUCAAGAAGGAGGGGGCUAAGGAGAGAUUCUUCUUUUCCACUCUUCCGCUGGACACCGAUACUUCAGGAACCUGCAGCGUUUACACCUCAGACAAGCUCAACUUCUUCUAGACACAGGAGUGGAGCAGGAAGAGGCGAGGAGGAGUCAUAAGGACAAAUGUACAGAGAUGCAGGAUCUCUAUCAUACACGGUGAAUGAAAUGGUAGUAAUAUGCUUUCCUCACGACAGUGCCUUCGGCUUCAGGACCUUCCCAGGGCUGGGCUGGUUUUAGAGUUGCACAAUGUGAUGCAGCGCUGGGACUUUUAACAUUGUUUUUCCCCCUUAUUCUUUUACUGACAAGAAUUGUUUUUUAUGUGUUUUUUAUUUUACAUAUUUGUAUAAUGCCUCAUUCACAUGCAGACCUAGGUUGAUCAUGAUGCUUCUCAGCCCAGGCCCAGCUGCCUCCUACCUCAAGACCCUCAGGAACAACCUUACAUGUACGCUAGCUGUACAUUUGCCGUCGAUGUGCGUCAUAUUGUAGAUUAGGGCCUGCUUUAAUCUAGCGUCUUCGAGUAGAAAAACACUGAUCCAGGACCAGUUGUGCCUUUUGUAUGAGAUCAUGUGGACAGGCUGGAUCCUGACCCUGGAUCAGCAUUAUGCUAAAUAUGGGUCCAGGGCUGCCCUAUCCUGUUCUUGGAGAACAGCAUCUCUCCAACACAAGUAGUUACUACUCCUGAUUUGAUCAGCUGGUAUAUUUAGAGUUUAGUGUGCUAGUAAAGGGUUGGAGAGAAUCUUCUGGAUAGUAGGUGUCCAAGAACAGGACUGGGCAACAUUGCUGUAGAUUUUUAAGAAUUACAGUUAGUUAGUAUGUAAAACGUAGGUGCAUGGUAAGGAACUUAAGUUCCUUAAACAUAAGUUAUUAAACAUUGCUAAGAAGACAGUGAUACAAUAUUUACAUACAUAUACUUUGUAUACUGCCACCUGCAUGCAUUUGCAACUUCUGAUCAAGAAGUGAAUUAGUGAAUAAAAUAACACAAUCAGAAAUAUUUUUGGGGUAAACAUUUUCGGAAACAUUAAUGCCCGUUUUUGCGCAUUAACACUUAACAUACAGUUAUAGAAAGCUAAACUGGCAGAUUAAGAAGAGCAAGUAUACACAUAUAGUAUAUAUACAGAUAUAUAUCAGAUAGUCUGAAAAUAAGUUGAUUGUUUACUGUUGUCUUACUCUUAACAGUGUCCCUGUUUACUGUGUUAAACUGAGAUAUAUUUUCUGACUGUUCUUGUUUUGUGACAUAGCAUUAAUGUGACUGAACAAUGAUACGAGAUUAUAACAAGAAAAACUACUGAAUUUAGA